CGGUGACCGUGACAGCAGGAAGGCCUGGCCUUGUGCAGGCGCGGCAGGGCCGCGGUGCCAGCGCCAUGGCGGGGGGCAGCGCGGGGCUGCCCAAGCGCCUGGGGACGCUGCUCUCGGGGCUGCUGGAGUGCGGCGCCUUCUGCGGCCUCAUCUUCGGCUGGGCCUCCCUCGUCUUCGUCCUCAAGGACCUGCAGUACUUCAAGGAGUGGUGCCAGCCCGCGGGCUCCAAUGGCACCGAGCUGCUCGACUGCAGCCGCCAGGAUGAGCAGUUCUCGCUGGUCUUCACCAUCGGCUCCUUCAUGAACAACUUCAUGACCUUCCCCAUGGGCUUCAUCUUUGACCGCUUCGGCACCACCGUUGCUCGCCUCAUUGCCAUCUCCCUCUACACCGGCGGGACCCUGCUCGUUGCCUUCUCCACCCCAGGGCUGUCGGUGCUGCUCUUCCCAGCCAUGUCCAUGCUGUCGGUGGGCGGCAUCCUCCUCAUCCUCACCAACAUGCAGGUGGGCAAUCUCUUUGGGAAGUAUCGCUCCAUCAUCAUCACCCUCUACAAUGGGGCCUUCGACUCCUCAUCUGCCAUCUUCCUCAUCAUCAAGGUGCUGUAUGGGCACGGGCUGUCCCUGCGGACCAUGUUCCUCUUCAUGGCAGCCUGCAGCGCCUGGCACCUGCUGCGCACCCUCUUCCUCAUGCCUCGCACGCGCAUCCCCUACCCGCUGCCCCCCGCCUACAACUAUGGGCUGCGCUGCCCGGGCCGCUCGCGUUCCUACCGCACCUACGAGGAGAAGCGGCCGCCGGGGGAGCCGGAGCCCGAGGAGACGCCGCUGGAGCCGGUAGCGGCCCGAGGCGCCGCCGCCCCCCCCGCGGUGCCGUUCUCGGCGUGCGCGCGCUCGGCGCGGUUCGCGUGGCACGUGGCGUGGCUGUCGGUGCUGCAGCUCCGGCACUACCUGUUCAUCGGCACCCUGAACCCGCAGCUGCAGCGCCUGGCGCACGGCGACGCCGGCCUGGUGAGCACCUACACCAACGCCUUCGCCUUCACUCAGCUCUGCGGGGUGCUCUGCGCCCCAUGGAACGGCCUCAUCCUCGACCGGCACAAGCGUGGCAAGGCCCCGCACCCCGAUGGAGCCCUGGCGGCGCUGGCUGACCUGCAGGCAUCGGUGCUGUCGCUGGUGGUGACCGUGGUGCUGGGUCUGCUCUUCUCCAUCGCCGCGGCUGUGCCCGUGCUGCCUGUCCAGUUUGGCACCUUCGUGCUGCAGGUGCUCAGCCGCUCCUUCCUCUAUGGCGGCAACGCUGCCUUCCUCGCCAUCGCGUUCCCCCCACAGCACUUCGGGAAGCUCUAUGGCCUGGCCAUGGCACUGUCGGCGCUGGUGGCACUGCUGCAGUACCCGUGUGUGGCGCUGGUGCAGGGGCCGCUCCAAGGGGACCCCUUCUACGUGAACCUGGGGCUCAUUGCCGUGGUGCUCGUGGCCUUUGUCAGCCCCGUGGUGGUGGCCCGCCAGUGCCGGCGCCAAGCCAAGGAGCUGGGGGCUGCCGGCACCCCCCUGGCAGCCGCCCCCAGCACCGAGACCCCCGACAAGGCGACCCACUGAGCCCUGCACCCAGACCCCAGCACCCGGACCCCAGAACCCUGUUUUCUAUUGGACGUGGGGGAGCUCUGCCCCAGGCUCGGGUGCAUUUGGA